AUGACAGACAUACCGCAGUCUAUUAUUACUGCUUUGACAAAGUACCAAGACAGGCCGUUUAUUUUAUACCUUGAAAAGGAUUUAGUAAAAUUUAUCAAGAAUUCCAUCUUAGGGAACAUCAAACAACCAGAGUAUGUGAUUCAAGCCCAAUAUUUGAAAAACUCAUACUAUAGGCUAUUAAGUCAUCAGUUAUGCCAUUACUACCAUCUACAGCAUUGGAACAAUCAGUCAAAUGAAAUUGUUGUGACUCCAUCAGAAAACUUUGACUAUUCUUCAUUUUUGAACAAGAUUGAAGACGAAUCGAGUGAUUUUGUUAAAGUUGCCGAUAUAGCUCAUAAAUAUCAACCGGUUCAUACACAAGAACCACAGCAGUUGAAUGGGUAUAUCCAACAACAACAACAACAACAACAACAACAACAACAACAACAACAACAACAACAACAACAACAUCCGCAACAUGCUAUAAACCACCACAACCACCACCAUCACCAUCAAAGUCAAGAGCGAGUUGAUCCAUCAAGGGUAGGUAUGCCACCAAUACCAUUCAGUACCCAACCUUUCAAGCCCAAGCUCAUUGUCAAAAAGAUUAUACAUAAACCUACCGCUUCACCCACAAGUGAAGCAAGUGACACCAGCAUAGAAAAUUUUUCCAAGUUGAAGAUUGAUGACAAUGUAUCUAGCGCUCCGGCAUCAGAAGGCUCUGAUGUGUCCCUCAAUACCACAGCAUCAACAACUAUAGAGAGUCAAAGAGCAUCAAAAGAAGCAUUGUACAAGAAAGUACGGGAAGAAAUCUUUUUGAAAGAGGAUGAAGAUCAAGCAGGAGAGGAGGAGGAAACAGUAGAGGGAGAGUACGAAGAAGAGGAGGAAGAAGGAGAAGAGGAGGAGGAGGGGGGAGAAGAAGCAGAGGCAGAGGCAGAAGCAGAGGGGUAUACUGAUAAAAACGCUCCCAGAGGCAAGCCAGUUAGAUCAAAAUACCGCAAGAGUCGAGAGUAUACUCCUGGUUACAACAAAAGCCUCCAUUACUCAGUUCCUUAUCAGGUGCCAAUUCCAAUGCAAUACCCACAAAUGUACCAUCCUCACCAUAAUGGAGUAUCACCAGCUAUUCCUCAAGGAAGCACACUUCCAGUAUUAUACAGUCCCUACUAUCCAACUGCUCAGCCACAACUAGUGCCUCAAUCGUAUGCAGCAGCAUAUACUGCUUCUGCUGCUCCUCAGUUCCAUGGUGUUCCCACUUACGAUAAAGAGACGGAACGAAGAAUCUUGAAUAAUCCAUACAUUAUUUUACCAGGAGACCUUGAUGCUAAUGAUCGUUUUAAGAAUGUUAAGCCUCAGCAACAAAACAAGUCCAAAAAGAUGUAUCAAAAUGGUAAUGGAAGCGGAGGUAGUAUAGGACGAAACAGUAAUUACAAGAACCAGAAACCUUGA